GAGAGAGAGAGCACGUAGAAGAAAAGAAGGAUGGGCAGGUUAAAAACUUCAGUGUUUGUUUCUCCAUGUGGACGAAGCAGCUUUUAGUUUUUAUCGUCGUUUGUUUUUUGUUUUUUUUUAGCCGUUAGCUGUAACCGCCAUUUCUAACGGUCGUUUUUUUAAACUUAAUGCGCGAGACAUUAACGGUUAUUCCAUAAAAGGGCAAAAAAAAAAGUAGGGAGCUGUCAACGCGCGAAACCAGGAGCUUAAUUUAUAUCUUUUUUUUUUUAAAAUAAAAAUAUUUUAUAUUACUUUUUUUGUUUGUUUGUUUGUUCGUUGAACUUACCUGUCAGCGUCUUUGCUUCCCGCCGCCGUCGCCGUCGCCAUGGAGAGUUACGGCCGUCACCCAGCAACGCACGAGUAUCCACAUCCUUUCAUUCACCAGGGCAUCGUCCUCGGCAGCAUCCUCUUCCCGAUCCGCGUCACCCUGGCGGCCCUCCUCUUCCUCAUCAUGUGGCCCAUCGCCCGACUACGAAUGGCCGGCCUGUCCGAGGAGGAGCGCUCCAGACCCGUCGAGGGCUGGCGCCGCUGGCUCCUCCACCCGAUCAUCUUGUCGCUGAGCCGGGCCACCUUCUUCGCACUGGGCUUCUUCUGGGUGAAGGUGAAAGGUCGCAUGGCGGACCUGAAGGAGGCGCCGGUGCUGGUGGUGGCUCCGCACAGCAGCUUUCUGGACAUGCUGGUACUGUGUCCGACCCAGCUGGCGACGGUGGUGUCGCGGUCGGAGAACAACAGCCUGCCGGUCAUAGGAGCCCUGCUCGAGUUCAACCAGUCCGUGCUCGUGAGCAGAAAGGAUCGUGAGUCGAGGAAGAAGGCGGUCGCCCAGGUCACGGAGAGGCUCACCUCCGACGGCCACUGGCCUCAGAUGCUGAUGUUUCCAGAGGGAACCACGACUAACGGCAGCGCUCUCAUCAAGUUCAAACCCGGUGCCUUCCUCGCCGGAGUCCCGGUCCAACCUGUUCUGUUACGUUACCCCAACAAGCUGGAUGCUGUUCGUUGGACGUACAAAGGAACAACCUGGGUUGAGGCACUGUGGCACACAACUUCACAGUUCUACACCAACAUGACUAUUGAGUUCCUGCCAGUUUACAAUCCUUCCCAGGAGGAGAAGAAUGACCCCAACCUGUACGCCGACAAUGUUCAGAAACUCAUGGCCAAGGCCCUCGGAGUCCCAGCUACAGAUUACGUGAUGGAGGGCCGAGUUCCCGUCAGUAAACUGGGUGGUCUCUCCAUCCCGCUGGAUUCACCCGCCAGGGAAACUCUCUCACUGCUGCACAGAAACGGUCUCGGAGCACACAAAGUGGAAGCGGCGCUGCACAGAAUGAUGGACAGGUGUCAGUCGGCAGCUCAGGCGUCGGUCCGAGCGAGUGCGGAGGAGCUCGCCUCGAUUCUUGGGCUGACGGACAGACAGACGGCCGUCACUAUCUGUGGCCUUUACUCUAAGGAUGACACCGUGGACCUCAGACAGAUCUAUUUGAGCGUUGCCGCUGUGUCGGGCUUCGUCAGCUUCAAGUCACUGCUUUACGCCGGGUUUACUCUGUUUGACAAAGAGGCCCGGGGCAGUCUGAGUGCAGAGGAGCUGUCUGGACUCAUGGGGGCUCUGCUGGGCUUUCCUCAGCACAACACUGCAGAGCUUUAUGCUCAGGCCUCCAACCAAGGCCAGCUUACUAAAGAACAUCUGCUGCAAGCGCUGAUGACCCAUCCGACCUAUCAGAGGGUGGUGAACGAGCACAUGCAGCCCGACGAGGUGUGCUCUCAGAUGACCAACGGCAAGGCCGUCAACAACAACGGGAACAUGCGGCAACGGAUCAGUAAAGAGCCUCAGUGAGGAUUUUAUUUUUCAGGGUGUAAAGUUUGAUGUGAGAAGGUUUCGCAUCCCAACGAGACAAAUUGAACCAGAAUAACCGUCGACAAAGGAUUGUAUUUUUAAAAAAUUGGUGCCUGGGUGUGUGUUUUGGAUGUAUGGAUGUAUUUUUACUGUGUAUUACUGUAACUUUUUACCACUUUGCCAACAUUAGAAAACCAAAGAAUGACUCUGAGGAGUGUGUGUGUGUGUGUGUGUGUGUGUGUCUAAGAUCAAAUCCUGUUUGAGGACUUGUGUUUAUGUUUACCAUUGUACCUUUAAUUAUCCUCAAAUCUUGUUCACGUGUUGUUCCAGAUGCUGUUAAAGGACUCAUUUACUUUUGUCAAAUGUCUUUAUUUAUGAUUCCCAUUUGUGUGUAUUGAAUUUUUGUUUUUUUUAAAAAGGUGACAUGGGUAUGUGCAAAAAGAACCGAAACUCUGUAAAUCAGUUUAUUACAUUUUUAUAUGAAUAUUAUUUAAAAGUAACAAAUAAACUGUGAAUUUCAAGAA